AUGAUGAUUUCAAAGCAUUUUUUUCAUGUUUUAUCUAUUGUUCUCUUCUUAUCAUUUUCAUUUCCAUAUGCACAUUUCACAGAGAUUGAUCAAGAUUCAACCAACCUUCACCCCCUUCCAGUAAGCUUGGGUUCUAGUUCAUUUUCAAGUUCUGGCUCUUUUAAGCAUUCAAGUUCUUCCCAUGCCUCCCACUCAUUUAAGAGUUCGCACUCUUUAAAGAGCUCUGAAAAUCAUGGUGAUGCUUCGGGUCAUGGCUCUUCCUCUAUUUCACAUUCAAGUUCAGCUUCUGGCUCAUCUUCACAUUCUAGUUCAUCUUCACAUUCUGGAUCUUUUAAGAGUUCAGGUUCAUUUAAAGGUUCUAGCUCUCCCAUAGAUUCUAAUAAUUCUAAAGACUCCGGUUUAGGUCAUGGGGAUUCUAGUUCCUCUACAACUUCUAGUUCUUUAUCGGGUUCUAGCCAUUCUAAAUCUUCUAACUCAUUGUCACAUUCUAGUUCAUCUUCACAUUCUGGUUCUUGGAAGGGUUCUAGCUCAUUCGGAGAUUCUAACAAUUCUAAGGAUUCUAGUUUAGGUCAUGGGGAUUCUAGAUCCUCUGCAACUUCUAGUUCUUUAUCAGGUUCUAGCCAUUCCAAAUCUUCUAGCUCAUUGUCACAUUCUAGUUCAUCUUCACAUUCUGGUUCUUGGAAGGGUUCUAGCUCAUUCCAAGAUUCUAACAAGCCUAAGGAUUCUAGUUCUGCUAUGACUAGUCACUCUUCAUUAGGUUCUGGAGAUAAUUUUAGCAAUUCUAAGGGUUCUGACUCAUCUAAAACUUCUAAGUCUGGCAACUCUAGUUCUUUAUCAGGUUCCAUCAAUUCAAUGGGUUCUAACUCUUCUAAGACUUUUAACUCUGCAUUAGGUUCUACUACAUCUAACUCUUCCAAAAGCUCAAGAUCUAACAAUUCUAAAGAUUCUAGUUCUGCUACUGCUUCUGGUUCUUCUUCAAGUUUAGGUUCUAGCAAGUCUAAGGCUUCUGGCUUAUCAGCACAUUCAAGUUUUGAAAAACAUGGUGGUGCUACGGGUCAUGGCUCUUCCUCUUUAUCGCAUUCAGUUUCAGCUUCAGGCUCAUCUUCACAUUCCAGUUCAUAUUCACAUUCUAGUUCUUCUUCACAUUCAAGUUCUUUUAAGCAUUCAAAUUCUGGUUCUUCUAGAUCUUUUACAAACUCGGGUUCCAACAAUUCUAAGGAUUCUAGUUCUGAUGCGGCUUCUCACUCUUCAUUGGGUCAAGGGGCUUCUAAUAAAGUUUCUAGUUCAUCAUCACAUUCCAAUUCUCUAAAUCAUGAUGGUUCUACAAGUCAUGGUUCUUCCUCUUUAUCACAUUCAAGUUCAGCUUCUGGAUCAUCCUCAAAAUCUAGUUUAUCUCCACAUUCCGGUUCUAGUGCUACUAACUCAUCCACAUACUUGGGUUCUGACAAUUCUAAGGAUACUGAUUCUACUACAACUUCUCAGUCUUCAUUAAAUCAUAAGGCUUCUAGUUCCUCUGCAAGUUCUAGUUCUCUAUCAGGUACUAGCAAUUAUAAGGCUUCAGGCUUAUCCAAAAAUUCCAGUUCAUCUUCACAUUCUGGUUCUAGUGCUGCUAACUCAUCCAAAAACUCAGGUUCUAACCAUUCUAAGGAUUCUUAUUCUACAGCAGCUUCUCAGUCUUCAUUAAAUCAUGGGGCUUCUAGUUCCUCCAUAAGUUCUGAUUCUUUAUCAGGUUCUAAUAAUUCUAAGGCUUUUGGCUCAUCUUCAGACUCCAGUUCUUUUAAGCAUUCUGGUUCUGGUGCUUCUAACUCUUCCACAAAUAUAGGUUCCAACAAUUCUAAUGAUUCUGCUCCUACUGUGGCUUCUCAGUCUACAUUAAAUCACGGGGCUUCUAAUUCCUCUUCAAGUUCUGGUUCUUUAUCAGGUUCUAGCAAUUAUAAGGCUUCCGGGUCAUCCUCAAAUUCUAUUUCAUCUUCACAUUCUGGUUCUUUUAAUCACUUUGGUCCUAUUGCUGGUAACUCCUCCACAAACUUAGGUUCUAACAGUUCUAAGGGUUCUAAUUCUACUACGGCUUCUCAGUCUUCAUUAAACUAUAAGGCUUCUAAUUCCUCUACAAGUUCUGGUUCUUUAUCAAGUUCUAGAAAUUAUAAGGCUUCGGGCUCAUCCUCAAAUUCUAGUUCAUCUUCACAUUCUGGUUCUUUUAAGCAUUCUGGUUCUACUACUGCUAACUUAUCCACAAAUUCUGGUUUGAACAAUUCUAAGGAUUCUAGUCCUACUACGGCUUCUAAGUCUUCUUUAGAACAUGAGGCUUCUGGUUCCUCUACAAGUUCUGGUUCUUUGUCAGGUUCUAGUGAUUCUAAGGCUUCUGGCUUGUCAUCACAUUCCAGUUCUAUAAAUCAUGGUGGUGCUACAGGUCACAACUCCUUCUCUUUGUCACAUUCAAGUUCAGCUUCACAUUCUGGUUCCUUUGAGCAUUCGGGUUAUUUUAAGGGGUCUGGCUCUUCUGUGGAUUCUAGCAAUUCUAAGGAUUUUGGUUUUGGUGCAACUCACUCUUCAUCAAGUUCUGGGGCUUCUGGUUCUUCUACAAGUUCCAGUUCUUUAUCAGGUUUGAAUAAUUCAAAAAAUUCUAAGACUUCAAACUCUUCUUUAAGUCAUGAUGCUUCAGGCUCUUCCACAAGUUUAGGUUCUAACAAUUCCAAGGAUUCAAAAUCUUCAUCAAAAUCCGGUGCUUCUAGCUCUUCUACAGACUCCAAUUCUUUAUCAGGUUUUAACAAUUCUAAGGGGUCUGGAUCUUUUCAAACUUCAAACUCUUCAUCAAAUCUUAGUGCAUCGGGUUCCUCCAAAGGGUCGAAUUCUUUAUCAAAUUCUAACAAUUCUAAAGGUUCUAACAAUUCUAAGAGUUCCGAAACUUCUGGCUCUUCAUCCGACCUUGAUGCUUCUAGCUCUUCCAAAGGAUUUGGUUCUGAUAAUUCUCAAAGUUCUGAUUCUUCUCAAACUUCACAAUCUGGUUCUGCCGACUCUACCACAGGAUCAGGGUCAUUAUCAAGUUCAAACAAUUCUAAGAGUUCUGACUCUUCUAACAUUUCAAAUUCAUCAUCUAGUUAUGAUGCUCAUGGUUCUGGGUCUGAUUCUGUAUCAAGUUUGAACAAUUCAAAAGGUUUUGGAUCUUCAAAAACUUCAGGCUCCUUAUCAGGCACUAGUUCUUCUGUGACUCAUGGUUCUACUACUUCUACUCUUCCUCAUAGCCCUUCAAAAGGUGAUGGAUAUUCUAAAGCAUCAAGCUCAUCAUUAGGUUCUGAAGGAUCUAAGUCUUCUACAAGUGACUUUUCAGUUUCUGGUAAUUCUAAGGCUUCAAGUACUAAAAAUGAAAGUGCUUCCACUGGUACCAAUGCUUCAGCGACUAAUGGUUCUACGACUUUUAUUCCUACGAGCCCUUCCCCAGGUUCUAACGGACCUAAGUCUUCUACAAGUAACCCUUCAGGCGCUAGUACAACAGUGACAAAUGGUCCUACAGCUUCUACUCCUUCUUCUAGCCCUUCCACAGGCGUUAAUUCUUUCAUAACUAAUAGCCAUAAGGGAUCUGGUCAUACAAGUUCAAGCAAUUUUGCUCACUCUGGUUCGUUUACAGCUUCUGGUCACUCUUCCGCAAGUCAUAGUUCUGGUUUUAAAGCUUUAGGCUCCUCAUCAGGUUCUGAAGGGUCUAAGACCGCUACAAGUGACUCUUCGGUUUCUGGUAAUUCAAAGGCUUCAAGUACUAAAAAUGAAAGUGCUUCCAUGGGUUCCAAUGCUUCAGCGACUAAUGGUUCUACGACUUUUAUUCCUACGAACCCUUCCACAGGUUCUGACGGAUCUAUGUCUUCAAUAAGUAACCCUUCAGGCACUAGUACUUCAGUGACAAAUGGUCCUACAGCUUCUACUCCUUCUUCAAGCCCUUCCACAGCUUUUGGUCGCUCUUCCGCAAGUCAUGGUUCUAGUUUUAAAGCUUCAGGCUCCUCAUUAGGUUCUGAAGGAUCUAAGUCUUCUACGAAUGACUCUUCAGUUUCUGGUAAUUCCAAGGCUUCAAGUACUAAAAAUGAAAGUGCUUCCAUGGGUACCAAUGCUUCAACGACUAAUGGUUCUACGACUUUUAUUCUUACGAACCCUUCCACAGGUUCUGACGGAUCUAAGUCUUCUACAAGUAACCCUUCAGGCACUAGUACUUCAAUAACAAAUGGUCCUACAGCUUUUACUCCUCCUUCGAGCCCUUCCACAGGCGUUAGUUAUUUCAAAACUAAUAGCCAUAAGGGAUUUGGUCAUACAAGUUCAAGCAAUGUCGCUCACUCUGGUUUGUUUAAAGCUUCUGGUCACUCUUCCGCAAGUCAUAGUUCUAGUUUUAAAACUCCAGGCUCUUCAGUUGGCAUUGGUUCUUCAACUUCUAGUCACUCUACCACAAGCAAUGAGUCCGGCUUUAAAACUUCAGGCUCUUCCACAAACACCGAUUCUUCUGAAAAUAAUGGUCAUAUGAAUUUUAGUUCUACUUCGAGUCCUUCCACAGGCUCUUCCUUGAACACUAGUUCUUCUACGCCUUUCGGUUCUUCUUCAAGCCUUUCUACAAAUAUAGGUUCUCCUGAGAGUAAUAGUCAUAUGGCUUCUAAUCAUUCAAACUCGGGCUAUUCUAAACAAACUGGUUCUUCUACAACUUCUGGCCACUCUUCCACUAGCAAUAGUUUUGGUUCCAAAACUUCAAGCUCUUCCACAAACAUUGGUUCUACUUCGACUGAUGGCCAUACAACUACCGGUUCUACUUUGAGUGCCUCUUCAGGUUCUAGUUCUCGUAAGACUAAUAGUCACAUGACUUCUAGUCAUACAAAAUCUAGUUCUUCCACACACACCGAUUCUUCCAAUCACGCUGGUUCUUUGACAACAUCUGGUUCCAAAACUUCAGGCUCUUCUACUAACACUGGUUCCGCUACGACUGAUGGCAAUACAACUACUGGUUCUAUUUUGAGCCACUCUUCAGGUUCUAGUUCUCAUAAGACUAAUAGUCACAUGAGUUUUGGUCAUACAAAAUCAGGCUCUUCUACACACACAGGUUCUUCCAAACACACUGGUUCUUUCACAACAUCUGGUUCCAAAACUUCAAGCUCUUCCACAAGCCCUGGUUCUACUACGACUAAUGGCCAUGCAACUACUGGUCCUGCUAUGAUUGAUGCCCAUAAAACUACUAGUUCUAUUUCAAGCCACUCUUCAGGUUCUAGUUCUCAUAAGACUAAUAGUCACGACACUUCUGCUCCUACAAAAUCUUGCUCUUGCACUUGCACACCUACCGACUCUUCCAAUCACACUGGUUCUGCUACAACUGAUGGCCAUACAACUACUGGUUCUAUUUCGAGCUACUCUUCAGGUUCUAGUUCUCAUAAGACUAAUAGUCACACGACAUCUGCUCAUACAAAAUCUGGCUCUUCUACACACACAAGUUCCUCUAAAUACACAGGUUCUUUCACAACCUCUGGUUCUAAAAUUUCGGGCUCUUCCACAAACACUGGUGCUGCUACGAUUGGUGGCCAUACAACUACUGGUUCUAUUUCGAGCCACUCUUUAGGUUCUACUUCUCAUAACAGUAAUAGUCACACGACUUCUACUCAUACAAAAUUUGGCUCUUCUACACACACAGGUUCUUCCAAACACACUGGUUCUUUCACAACCUCUGGUCACUCUUCCACAAGUAGUGAUUUUGGUUCUAAAACAUCAAGUUCCUCCAAAAGCACUAGUUCUUCUAAGAAUAAUGGUCAUGUGACUUCUGGUUCUACUUCGAGCCCUUCCACAUAUUACGGUUCUCCUAUGACUAGUAGUACUACAUCUUCUGGUCAUGCAGAUUCAGACUCUUCCACAAGCAAUAAUUUUGGUUCUAAAACUUCGGGCUCUUUUAGAGGCACCAAUUCUUAUGAUGCUCCUGGUUCUACAAACUUGGGCAUUUCUUCAAGUUCUGAUAUUUCCAUGGGUUCUGGCUCUUCUAAGAGUUCUAGUCUUGAAAACCAGUUUAGUGGUACUUUUUCCAAAGUUUUUGCUUUUGGGGACUCAUAUACAGACACAGGAAAUGCUCAAUCAUUAGGCAUUUUGAAAGACUUCGCGAGUGCAUUCUUAUCAAGCUUUUUUCAAACAAUAGAUUCAAACCUCCAUUUUGAGGGUAGAUCAAGUAAUGGCCGCUUGGUUAUUGAUUUCCUUUGUGAUUCUCUCAACAUAUCCCUGUUGCCACCAUUUGAAGUGGCUUCCAAAAACUCUAGUAUCAAUGAAGACUGUGGAGUGAACUUUGCAGUGGGAGGUUCGACAUCUCUUUCAGGUGAUUUUUUUACUAAUCAUAAAAUCACCAAUAACUUGUUGUGGCAAGGCACUCCAUUAGGUUUCCAAACUCAAAUAGAAUGGUUCAACCAGUUCGUCACAAAAAAAGCCUGCAAUGGGGAAACAAUCGAACAAUGCAAGGAACAAAUGGGAAACAACCUCAUUUGGCUUGGGCAAAUGGGUGCAGAUGACUUUGCUCGUGUUAUAGGGUCUUCUAUUUCCUUGCGUUGGCUUACAGAUAUAACUCUCGGUCAAAUCUCCAAAAUCCUCACGACGGUGUUGGAUAGUGGCGCAAGGUUCAUCGUGGUUCAAGGACUACCGCCACUAGGGUGUUGGCCAUUAGCAAAAUUAUUGACUCCCCACUUUGCCAAGGAUGAAAUGGGUUGUUCUGCAGUUAUCAACAAAGCAAUAAUGGCUCACAAUGACCUCUUACAGAAGACAUUAGAAGAAUUUCGUAGAAACUAUCCCAAUGCUACAAUUGCAUAUGCUGAUUAUUUCAACGCAUUCAAGACAGUCAUGGGAAACCUCACUGAGUUUGGCUUUUUAGAUGGGUCCGAUGCAUGUUGCGGCGUUGGAGGUGGACUUAACUUCAACUUGAACAAUCUAUGUGGCAUGGAUGGCACCAACACUUGUAGUAACCCGAAUGCUUACAUCCACUGGGAUGGACUUCAUCUUACAGAAGCAAUGAACAAACAAAUCGCUCGUCUCUUCCUCCUUGAAGGCUUCUGUCAACCAUCUUUUGUUGAUCUAAUAAAAAGGCAUCAAAGCUUACUUCAACCCUCUCUUCAGUAGGCUCCUUACAAAGAUUAAGCCAACAAUAUUCAACCAGAUUUUCCUUUAUUAUAUAUAGAUUAUGUCAAUAAAUUAGCCCUACAAACGUCCCUUCUUCACAUUAGUGAAAUAAGAGUGAUGUAUCUUUGACUUUAAAUCUUAUUUGUAUGUAUCACUCUCUAGUGUAUUAAUGCAAUGGUGGCGGCUUUUGUUGCCCUUUCUUAUUUCAGUUUCAGUUUUCAUGGAACUCGAUUUGUCUUAACAAUUAUGUUCCAACAAUAAAAUAUGAGAAGACAAGCUAACCUUAUG